AUGGUAUCGAACAAGAGAGCAGUUCUGUUUCAGCCGAACCAAUGGUCGGAGAUUAAGCGAUCAUCAAUCAAAAACCCGGAACGGGUUGCCAAUUUUGACAAUUUUUAUUUUAGAAACAGCCAUUUGUCGAAAAACCAUGCUUCUGUUGGUUAUAUUGACGGGAAAUUUGUCAUUAAGGACUCGUCGACGUUUGGCACGGUUGUCAAUGACAGAGUCUUGACAAAGGGCAAAGCAAUUGCAUUGAACCAUUUGGAUAAAUUGGGAUUCAUCUUGUCCAUCCCUUCGAAACAGAUCAAUUCCGUUUGUAGCCAAUAUGCAGAUCAAGACACAAUUGACCUCUCAGUUUUCAACAACCCCCCGAUUGCGUUGACUUUUCAAGUUGAAAUCGAGGGAAACAUUGUAAAACUAGUCCCCAUUGGAAGUGACCAGAUUUACACUAAAGCAAAAGAGUCAGAUGGACCCUUUGUUGAUAUUGUUGCUGAAGAUAGUCUGUUGGCAACUCCUGUAUAUGAAGCAGAAGAAGAGACCAAAGAAGAAGAAAAAGAAGAACACGAAAGCUCCAGAACUUUGGAUCUCAUUGACGUUGAUGUUGAUGUUGAUGUUGAUCUUGAUGAAUCAACCGCUGAAACUACCGGUUUGCAAAGCACUAAAGCUCCUACAUUAGAAGAGGAAAAAGAAGAAGAAGAAGAAGUAGCCAAGAAAGAAGAUGGAAUAGUUAUCAUUGAUGAUGAUGAUGAUUCAACUGCGAAUUCCCUUGCACCACUUUCAAAUAAAGAUGUCAAAUCAACCAUAUGGAAUAGAAUUUUGAAAAUGGGCAAGAUUAAGAAAAUCUCAAAUUUUGAUAGCGAUCUGGUUGAUGAGGAAGAAGAUGAAGAUACUUUGGAAACAACUCCCGAGCAUGAAGAAGAAGAAGAGGAAGAAGAGGAAGAAAAAGAAAUUUUCAAGAAUGCGAUUAUUCAGAAGUUAGACGAAUCCGAAGUGGACAUCUGCAGUGGAAUACUGGAUGGCUGUUCAUCUCCAUCCAUGAGCAUUGAAACACCUAGCGAGGACGAGGAAGAAGAGGAAGUGGAAGAAGAAGAAGAAGAAGAAGAAGAAGAACAGGAAGAAGAAGAGGAAGUGGAAGAAGAAGAAGAAGAAGAGGAAGUGGAAGAAGAAGAAGAAGAAGAACAGGAAGAAGAAGAAGAACAGGAAGAAGAACAGGAAGAAGAAGAAGAACAGGAAGAAGAAGAAGAAGAGGAAGAAGAAGAGGAAGAAGAAGAAGAAGAAGCAAACAGUAGCUCAGAUGAAGCACCAAGUGUAUAUGAUUUACGCGACAACCCUUGUUCUCGUCAUCGAGGAAGACACGUUCAAAGAUUGAGAAAUUAUUACGAAGAUGAAGCAGACUUUGAAAUUUCAAGUGCUGCUCAUGACUAUCACGUUUCAUCUUGGAGAUAUGAUGACGAUGAUGAUGACGAUGAUGACGAUGACGGUGAUGAUGAUGAUUAUGACUUCCACGACAAGCCUGAAGAAGCCUCUGCUUUUAGUUGUGGAAGAAGACACAAGAGAUUUGACAGUUACUCUGACGAAGAAGAUGAAAAGGAGGAAGAAGUGGAAGAAUGCCAUGCUAGGAAGAAUUGUCAAAAUGAUGACGAUGAAGAUGAAGAUGAUUAUGACUACAAUGAAGAGUAUGCUUACUAUUACCCAGAUGUUGCCUCCGAAUGUGAUUAUUCAAACUGUGGCGACAAUUAUGGUGGUGGCGGUGGCGGUGAAAGUGACAAAGACUCUGAGCAAACUUGGGCUUGUGAUUGCAGUUGCAAAUUGCAGAGGAAAUCAGAUCAGACCUCCUACAUUGACAUUGACUCUGCUAAGGCUGACAAGUCAUGUCAAGCAACAAACGAUUCUCAAUUAAACAAUCUCGCAUCAUCGAAGAAACGUUCAUUUGAUGAAAUGCAAGAACAGAGUGAAGAAACACCUAGUCACGCUCCACAAGCUAUAGCUGACGCCAAUCAACAACCACCGAAAAAGAAAAUCAGUAGUAAUUCAACCUCCAAAUUGAACUCAAUUCUCAAGGAGGUGGGAAAGGGAUUGCUUUAUGCUUGCAUCACCGUUACGGCUCUCGGUAUCUACGGCUCUUCUCAAGUUUCCUCGGAAGAUGUAUGA